UUUUUUGCUUGUUUUGUUAUUGUAGGGUUGGAUAUUCCUUUGCUGUGAUGGUUUGGGUUACUAAGUGAGAUGAAGUGAUAUUGAAGUUCCAUCACUUAAGAGCAGUCAUACAUUUGAAUAAGAAGAACAAAAAACGUUUUGUAAAGAUACUUAAAAAAAUAUUUUAAAGAAAACAGUCACAUGAACAUGUGCUUUGUGGAAAUAACUGGAAAUAAUUGAUCGCUUUCAUUCCAUACUUGGAAAUUGUAAAGAUUUAAUGUUGGACUGCCAUUUAUUUAAUAAACGUCUAGUGCAGUGGAGAUAUUGCAAAUAUUAUUGCUAGAAGACGAGUAAAAGUGGAAGAAAUCCAAAAUUAUACUGUCUGUCAUCGGGGACAACGUCAGAACUGUUGAAACGCUUGUAAAAGCUAAUGAAACUUCCACUGGUGGUAAAAUUACAUGAUAUCUAAAACCUGACUACUGAAGGGGACUGUAACAGAAUUGCCUAAAAAUUGGUAAAAGUGAAAGAUAUCCCAGUAUAGCCUGCCACAGUGGAGUCCAACUACGAGACACUGAAGCUAAGCACUCAAUUCGGGGUGGCUACGUACCAUGGGGCCCGUGUGUUCCCAAACACUUCUCCCAUGUCUAAAGAUACAAAGGGUGUUAUUGAUUACUUUGAUUACGUAAACCCAUCCAACGCUGAAGAUGAUGAGGAAAAGAAAAAGAAAGAAGAAGAUACUCUGGCUACUGGGAACUGGUACGAAGAGGUCGAAAAAUAUGAAGCUGAUAAUAGGUACUGUGACAAAGAUAUAAAUAGGACUGAUGAAGAGAAUGAGAUAUAUAAACUGCCUCCUGAUGAUGCUGGAGAUAGCAAGUCUAUAAAUGUUUGCGAUAACAAUGUGAGCAAUGUUGUUCAUGUUAUAGUAGAUGAUAGAAAAGGACUUGAUAAUUGUAAAACAGGGACUAGUGAAUUAGAUGUAGGAGAUAUGAAAAUGUGCCAUAAUGAAUCAGUGAUUAAGAAGAAAAAGAAAACCAAAGUGGGCAAGAUUACUGCUGCUGGAGAGGUUAGUAACACCAAAGCUGAUACUGCAAUAACUGCUGACAAAACUGGAGGUCUAGAGCUGUCUUCAAAGGAUAUAGGUGAAACAUGUGAACAUAAGGAGGACAAUUGUGUUGAAGAUGUAUAUAAUGUGAACUGUGCUGCUGAAGGAGGUGAUAUUGUAUCCAUAAAGGAAUUAAAUAAUAACAACAGUUGCGUAGUAACCAAACCAAAAUCUGUAUCUAUUACCAAAGAUGAUGCUGAUCAGAAAAUCAAAACAGACACUGAGAUGCGCUGUACAAAGGAGAACUCAACUGUUGAAAGCAAUAAAUGUUCUAAAGUAAAGAGCAAAGACAUUGAUUUAGUUGGAGAUGACGGGAAUUUGACGGAUGAAAGUACACUAGAGGACCAGGAAGUGUCAGAAGCGGUUGAAAAGUCAAAGUUGAACAAGAAACUGCAAAAGUGUGAAUACCGCACCGCCCUUCAAGUGGACACGAGCUACACAGCUGGCGUGAGCAGCGACUCCAACUGCAGCCAGUAUAGUGUCAGCUCAUGGACUAGUGAGCCCGACACCAGCAGCAGUCUUGACCCCAGUCCACAUCUCUGGCAUUCGUAUGUGGACUCUGGGGUCAGCUUCGGGACCAGUACAGGGGUCUACAGUGACACGAGCGAUGUGAGUGGGGAGGACUGUAAUUUGUACGAAUCUAGCGUGAGAUAUUUGUCCUCUGCCUCGGACUUCCAGUACUGUUAUGGAGAUAAAAACUUUGUCCAACAUUCCGGUCGACAUUCCGGCCAGAACAGGCCGCGCUAUCAUCCCACAUCGUAUAGCAAUCCCCAUUCCCUUCACCCGUCAGAUUUCAAUGGUGCAUUACAACAUGAAAAUGAUGCACUAGAAAAUAUUUACGGAGAAUCAGGUCUCAUUCCAACCCUGACUUACAAUGCGUACUCUGAUGAGUACUGUGAUCACAUGACUGGGUCAAACCUGGGACCACUGUGUGAUUAUUGUGAGCACUGUGCAUGUUUGAUGUAUAACACUUGUAUGCCGGAGAAACUGUUGCCUGGAGAGGUAUUCUAUUUCGCUCCAAACUCUGUCGUUAUAUGUGUGGAACAGGGCCGCCAGGCUUUUGAAAAGAAUUUUUCUUUCAAACAGGUCCCUACUAAGCUACAGCCAGGAUUGAACCCAAAUGCCACAGUGUUCAGCCUGCACCGCGUGUCUGCGCCGUCGGAGGGCCCCACCACCGACAACCACCACUGGGACAUGCAGAAUGACAGCGGCAUCGGGAUUGGUGGAUCAGUGAAUAGUGUGUCUGACUAUUCAUUUGCGAACGGUGACGUUAGUGUGGACAAGAACGACACCGGAGUCUUCUCCCCUGCUUCAGAGUCUCCAUUCCCACAGGAGUUCCCUCCCUUCCCCACAGACAAUCAAAGCUAUAUUGAGAUAUCCAAUAUAGUGGAGAAGGUGGAUGACCUGGGGAUGGGUAACCUGGUGAUUGACAACGCUGCGGUCACUGUAGACGGUUAUCUGCUGGACUCACACAAGAUUGUCUACAUGGGAGACAUAGGGGGCGUGCCCAUGCAGGGGGUGCAGUACUCCACAGAGAAUGGGGGCAUGACAGAGGGGGGUGAGAUGCCACUGUCUGAAGGCUCACUGACAGAGGAUCAGAGAAGGAUGGUCAUCAAAGGUCAGCUCGAGUCCUACUUCUCCAGGGAGAACCUGUCCAACGAUUCCUACCUCCAGUCACAGAUGGACGCUGACCAGUACGUUCCCAUAGUAACGGUCGCCAACCUGGACCAGAUCCAGAAGCUGACCUCCGACCUGCAGCUCAUUGUGGAGCUCCUCAGAGAGUCAACAUUUGUUCAGGUUGAUGAGAAGGGAGAGAAGGUGCGACCCAACCACAACCGCUGUAUUGUGAUACUGAGAGAGAUUCCUGACUCCACCCCUGUAGAGGAGGUGCAAAACCUGUUCUCCGGUCAGAACUGCCCCAAGUUUGUGAGCUGCGAGUUUGCACACAACAGCAACUGGUACGUGACCUUUGAGAGCGAUGGCGAUGCUCAACGUGCGUACCAGUACCUUCGUGAGGAAGUACAGACCUUCCUUGGUAAACCUAUAAUGGCACGAAUAAAAGCCAAACCCUUGAUUCGUAACUAUCGGCAACAGAAUGGCUACGUGAACAAGCGGUUCCAGACGUCGGUGCACAUGCCGGGCCCAGUGUCAGGGGAGGUGAUCACUUCAUCAGCUGUCUCACAGCAACAGUACACUGCCACGCCCCCGUUCACACUGAUGCCUAAUGUGUCACAGUACAUGAACGGCACCCCGAAUUUGCCACCGUUCUUUCCACCACCUACGAUGCUGGACCCCAGCAUGGUACUGGCGAUGAACGGUUACCAGGCAACUGGAGUCAAGCUCCCUAGCUCUGUUCCCAACAGAAAUAUGUACAUUAGCAAUAACAGAAACAAUACAAACAGGAAUCAAAAGACCUCAAGCAACAACCACUCAAUGGGUCGUGACAGGAUCAACUCCAAUGACUCGCUACCACCUCGUCUUCAGCAUCAGCAGGAGCGUCAACAGCAGCAACAGAGCGCCGCCAACGGUGCCCAUGGGGCGGCGCAUGGCUCACACAUGGCCCACCAACACGGCACACACAGUGGCAGUCAUCAGCACGCGCCACACCACCACAAGUCUGGUCACACGAUCUCAAACCAUGGCGGCGUUUCGCCGUACGGUGGUGCCGGGCGCCGGGACGGCAGUCACACACACGGCGCGGGGCAUGGUAACCAUGGCAGUCACCAUCAGAAUGGGCCACAUUCUCAGCAUGGUGUACAUAGCAAUCAUCAUAUGCACAACCAAGGUGGUAUGUUGUCCAAUCAUCAGCACUCUCAACAACAACAGCCCGGCGGCCAGCAACAUCAGCAGCAGCAUUUAGAUGGCAACAACAAUACCAGUAACAACAGUAGUAGUACCAACAGCAAUCGCAUGGCGUCGUCAACAGGGACAGCUGCUGCACCGAGGGUGUCAGAUAAUUAUUCUGGGGGCCCGGGGAAAAACAACUUCAGAAGACGCAAGAGGGAGGAGGAUGGUGCUAGACCAAAUCGGUCAAACUCCUCCCAGCAGUCCCAGCGUGAAGGUGCUCCCCCAGCCCACCACGGCCGCCAGAUGUCAGUGGAGAAGUUUGACUACGAGCCCACCAGCUUUCCUCCACUCCCCGGCGCUGAGAGCAACACUGCAUCAGGGGAGGUGUUCGAGAGCAAGUUGUCUGAUGUUGUGAAGGGCACAGCACGGCCGCUGACUCGUGCUGAUUUGCCGCCCAAGUCUUCAAACGCCCCUUCUAGCCCAGCCGUAACAACCAGCCUCCCUACCGCCACCACUACCACUACGUCUUCAGUCCCUACAAAACCUGCGCCCCUGAUAAAGGAGGCCACGGUGGCGCCAUCUAGCACCACAACCACUGCCUCCGCGCCGCAGCAGACGCCACAUUCAGUCGCCUCUUCUGCUCUAUUGCCACCCACAACGGCCCAUUCAAUGACAUCAGUGCAGUCUAAGUCUUCAGUGGCAACAGCUGGAUCGUCCUCAGCAACGGCUGUGUCUACCUGGUCGACAGGGGCAGCGCAGUCCUCUGUCUCUCAAAGUCACAGAUCUUCAAAGUCAGGUCAUCAUCAUCAUCACCAGCAGCAGCAGCAGCAACAACAGCAGCAACAGCAGCAACACUCUGACCACAAAAUAUCCCAGGAGGCCCAGCAUUCACAAUCAAACUCUGAGGACAAGGGUAACUCGUCGCGCCCUUCCUACGCUCAAAUGGUGCAAAAACCCAAAAUGGCUGAAGUGUCUGCAGGAUCUCUUGCCGAGGAGAAUGAGACCUCGGACUCUGACGAGACUGCCGAGUCCGGCGCGGCGCCCCAAAACCGAGCCUUGAAGGAGCAGGGACAGAACCCAAACCAGUCUAACAGUGCCAGCUCAAAGCAAACCAGUCGCGUGGGGGGACCCACGAGGAAAGACUCGAGUAGUGUAGGUGAUGGUGAUUCCAGGCGUGAUGCAACUACGAGAAAGGAUGGAUAUCGGCAAGACGACCCACGGGAACAGAGAAUAAACCGAAGGCAUAAGGAGAAUCGCGAACGACCUUUCCGGAAUCGCGAGGAUGGGCGUCGCCCGGACAGGAGCGAGCGAGAUCGAAAGGAUCGUGAUGUACAACCAAUGAGAGAAAAGGAAGUUCCGAGAGCGGCUGUUGCAAAGUGAGCGUGAAAUGAGGAAAGUGACAUUUGGGCGUGUAGUUUUCGAAGAAUGGGUGGUGUGGGAAGAAAGUUUGACUUUGGAAAGGCCUUGUUUAUGUGGGACAUCGCUGAUUCAUAGGGCUUCUGCAGAAGUAUGAAAUAUUCUGGGGGAAAAUUGUUGAAUAUUAAGAGGGAAUGGGGAAAGAUUUGUUUUCCGGCUUGCAUUUUUUCUCCUUUAUUUUAUUGGCAUAUCAGCAUUUCAUGAUUUUGGUAAAGGUGUUUUUUUAAUAUCUGAUGGAUGGAUACCACAGUGGAACGUUUGAUGAGGUAGAAUAUGAUUGAUUUCGGGUGUGCGCAUUAAAAUGGGUUGUGAUUAUAAAUGAAAAUAAUAACAGUACUAGCUCGGAAUAGGUCCAAGAUUGGAAUGGUAUUUCUGCAUGUUUUGUUCAGUGUAACAUGGAGGCUUAGGCGGAUGGAGACAUUCUGUUAUUGGUGCAAGUGACAACUUGCAAUGAAAUUGCAUUUUAUUAUAUUUUCUUACCGCAGGAUGUGUUAGGUAUUGUAAGCAGUUUCAGUUGUUAGUAUUAUAUCCAGGAUUGAUUAUGAGACUGUUGUAGCUGUCCUGAUAUUUUUGUUUCGGACACUGCAGUUCAGCUUUCGAACCUUCUAUAUAUAUUACCUGUUAAGUUGUACUUCUUCUGGCAGUGUACACUUCCUUCCAUUAUAAACCCAUCUCUGUUAGUGCUUUAGUUGCUAGAAAAAUGUGCAGAGGAUCCGGAAUGGGCACCAGGUAUUCUGCAGAAUUCUAAUUUUAACCCUUUGCAUGCUGGGAUAUUUGUCGUUUGCUAAAAUGUUGUCUGCUGAAUUUCUAAAUUUAGCAUUCUCUUCGUUUUUUUUCAAAGAAUACUAUCAGAAUAGCAAACUGUUUGGAUCCUGAUGAGACACCACGUUUUGUGGCGUCUCAUCUCGAUCCAAACUGUUUGCAAAGGCCUUCAAAAUUCGGUUCCAGCACUGAAAGAGUUAAUAUGUGCAAUGCAAACUGCAUAAGAACAGAAAAUAAAAUAAUGGAACGUGCGAUAUUAUUGCUUAUGUAAAUAAGAUAUGCCACUAUGAACAUAUUUCUUGUCUGUAUUAAAUUAAUUUUAAAAUUGGACUGAAAAUGUGCUUUGUAAGAUUGCAAUAUACAGAUGGAAAUUGUUGAUUCUCUAUAAAAAUGUCCUUUUAAACGUAAAAAAAAUUCCAUUCACCAGCAAAUGAUUGGUCUGUAUUCAAUAAUGUGAUUCCGUCACAUUGGAAGGCUACUCAAGGUUGGAGAAUUCUGCAGAAUACUUUGGCAUUCUUCAAAAUGGCAUUGUUCCAUUCAAAUACAUACAAUCAGAUGAAGCAGAAUUCAUUUAAUUUAUUGUUACACCUAUAAAAUGUAGCAAGGAUCUGUCAUAGUUUUCUUGUUUCAAGUUAAAUUACAUCCGGCUAGUUAAGGCACUACUGUUACAGUUUAUUCACAAUGAACGUCUAUCAAGGCACUACUGUUACAGUUUAUUCACAAUGAACGUCUAUCAAGGCACUACUGUUACAGUUUAUUCACAAUGAACGUCUAUCAAGGCACGACUGUUACAGUUUAUUCACAAUGAACGUCUAUCAAGGCACGACUGUUACAGUUUAUUCACAAUGAACGUCUAUCAAGGCACGACUGUUACAGUUUAUUCACAAUGAACGUCUAUCAAGGCACUACUGUUACAGUUUAUUCACAAUGAACGUCUAUCAAGGCACGACUGUUACAGUUUAUUCACAAUGAACGUCUAUCAAGGCACGACUGUUACAGUUUAUUCACAAUGAACGUCUAUCAAGGCACGACUGUUACAGUUUAUUCACAAUGAACGUCUAUCAAGGCACGACUGUUACAGUUUAUUCACAAUGAACGUCUAUCAAGGCACUACUGUUACAGUUUAUUCACAAUGAACGUCUAUCAAGGCACGACUGUUACAGUUUAUUCACAAUGAACGUCUAUCAAGGCACUACUGUUACAGUUUAUUCACAAUGAACGUCUAUCAAGGCACGACUGUUACAGUUUAUUCACAAUGAACGUCUAUCAAGGCACGACUGUUACAGUUUAUUCACAAUGAACGUCUAUCAAGACACUACUGUUACAGUUUAUUCACAAUGAACGUCUAUCAAGGCACGACUGUUACAGUUUAUUCACAAUGAACGUCUAUCAAGGCACGACUGUUACAGUUUAUUCACAAUGAACGUCUAUCAAGGCACUACUGUUACAGUUUAUUCACAAUGAACGUCUAUCAAGGCACGACUGUUACAGUUUAUUCACAAUGAACGUCUAUCAAGGCACUGCUGUUACAGUUUAUUCACAAUGAACGUCUAUCAAGGCACUACUGUUACAGUUUAUUCACAAUGAACGUCUAUCAAGGCACGACUGUUACAGUUUAUUCACAAUGAACGUCUAUCAAGGCACGACUGUUACAGUUUAUUCACAAUGAACGUCUAUCAAGGCACUGCUGUUACAGUUUAUUCACAAUGAACGUCUAUCAAGGCACGACUGUUACAGUUUAUUCACAAUGAACGUCUAUCAAGGCACGACUGUUACAGUUUAUUCACAAUGAACGUCUAUCAAGGCAUUACUGUUACAGUUUAUUCACAAUGAACGUCUAUCAAGGCACUACUGUUACAGUUUAUUCACAAUGAACGUCUAAUCAUGCUUAUUUAUUUGUCAUCAUGUGGGAAGAAACUGCUUGUGUAACACUGUCUGUUGUGGCUGGAAAAAAAUGUUAAACACAAAACAUUUAUUUGUUAACCUUUUUCAUUUAUUUUUUUUCUGAUUUAUUUUUUUUAGCAAUUUUCAGUUGUUUUUUAUGAAGUACAGUUGAAGUGCAAGAUGUCUUAUGCUUUGCUAAUGUAUCUCAAAAUAUUAUAAACUAGAUAAAAAAUCGUAAAUUUGGUAUUUUGAUAUGUAUAAUAAUACUUAAUUGUUGGAAAAAAUAGUGUUGGUAUUUGUAAGAAAUUUUGCAGAUAAGACCAUGUGGUCGUCCAAAAUAUGGUGGACAUGAAUUGAGCCCCAUUUACAUGACAUUACAUGCAUACAUAUGUUUACUGCAUUCCACAGUUAUCAAAAACCAGGCCUGUUCUGCAUCAAUCAUCAUCUUGGGGUCAUGCAAACUGAAAUCUAUUUGUGUGUCACAUUAUAAGAUAUUUAUUUGUGCUCAUUUUAUAAGCAUUUCUUUCAAAAAUAUGUAUUUUGUACAUGACUUCAUUGGGUGAUAAGCAAACUAUUUAAAUAAAGGAUUGUGGGAUUUUUUUAAAUUAUAAUUAUUGAAAUACUUUUUAUUGUUUUCAUUUUUAUUUCAAUAUAAAUCAUUGUCAUGGUUUAGUGGCUGCAAUUGAAUCUUUGCUCAUAUCCAAUUAACAAAUAUAAUGCCCAAAAUGGAAUUUUUUGUAUUUUCUGUUUUCCAGGGUAAAUGAUAUCUAUUAUAAUUUGAGUUUUAGCCCUUAUGCAUGUUAAGUUAUUACAAAAGUUCUUUUUAUCUUGGCUCAACUGAAUUAAAUUUAAAAAGUUAAGAGCACUUUUACUCCAAGGCAGUGAUAACUUUUUGCUGAGUUUAUGAUGAUAAAUUCGAUUUGAGUUCAUAAUCCUCACCUUUUGGCUUAAGUUUAAAUCAGGCAUUUGUCAUAUUUGUCUUUUUCACUUUUUUGUUCAUAUGUAUGUACUACCAAAUGGCACGAUUGCUUGGCUUGAAUUUCACAUUGUUUUAGUGUUAACAUUUACCGGUAUCUUUUAAUUAAAAUGUUGUUUCUUUACUCAUUUACCUGUACUAAUUGGGAACUUGGUUUUAUUGUAAUGGAGAGGGACAUAGGAAACAAAAUACAUGUUUUAGAUGUGACCAAUUGAACUUACCAUUUGUUGUUUACAAGAAUGAGUGAGUUCGAUACAUUGUUCAGUCACAUGAAAGGAGCAAAUCAAAGUAGAUACCGCUUAUUAUUUGGAUCUAUUUGUGUAAUAUACUUGCCAUAUAAAUUAAGUUAUAAAACAAAAAAUGAGUGCAAUUUUAAAAGAGGUUACUCGAAUGUUAUUUUUACCUGUAGCGCUUGUAUUUCUCCUGAACCUUAACAUAUUUGCUCAAGAAAAUGCAAGGGAUUAAUUCAUAUGAAACUUCUUAUAAAUACAAAGUUUACAGGCAAGGAUUGUUUCACAUACGCAAUAUGUCCCCUAAAAAUGCCAUGAAAGUGAACGAGUCAGGCAUGUUAUAUUGUCUUUCAUUGUGGAAAAUUUUUUUUAAAGAUGGCAGUUGAUCAAUGUGUCCUCUUGCUAUUUGCUUUCACUUCACUUUCUUAUCCUUUAUCUUCUUCUAUCGUACAUCUAUCAUACACUAUACAAUCUUGUGAUUAACCCAGUCAUUUAUUAAAAAUAAUGCUUGUCCUUUUGCACCAGGUGUGGAAAAAAACAUUCAAUACUGCCAGUAGAAUAAUGGAUGCUUUAUAAAUUACCUCGAAAAUAAGGUUAUGCCUGAUGAUCGAAGAUUCCAAAAUAUUUUCAUGUGAUUUUCUCCUUUACAAUGUCCAAUUAGUGUUUUGGAGUUAUUUAUUAAAAAUCAAUAACUAUUUAUACCCAAAAAUGAACAACACCAACGAAAAUAAACAGCCCAUUUUUAAAACUUCUUUUUCUCUCAUUACCAAAUGCCUGAUGUGAACGUCGUAACAUCGACCUAUUGCAUACUGUGCGUCAAUAUUUUGUUCAUUACUGCUGAAUUUUAUUUGCAUGGCAUGACUCGGAGAGUGCGUAUAGAUUCUAUAUUUAGAGAUUGCUACUGAUAAGGAUAUAUUCAUUUUAAUUUGAUGUCGUAAAUAUGUGUAAGACGUUGAAAAAUUAGGGAAAAAUAUUUAUAAAAAAAUUCGAACAAAUUCAUAGCAAUUUUUCAGCCAUGUUUGGGAUGCCUGACCACGUAGAAACAUAUUGAGCUGCGAAUAAAAACUUAAUGAAUAAAUAGAUAUGAAACUGUAAAAUGGCAGUUUUAACCCAUUUAUGCCUAGAGUCCAGAAAAAAGGUCUUGGCAAACAGUGUAGACCCAGAUGAGACUCCACAUGAUGCGGCGUCUCAUUAGGGUCUAGGCUGUUUGCUGAAGGAAUUUCUGUAAGAAAUAUACUAGUCAUCCCUAAUUUUUUAAAUAAAUUGAUCCAAUUUAGAAGGAUGGGAGAGUCCACUAGGCAUAAAUGGGUUAAAGAGCAACACCCUUUGCAGACUUGUAUUGUAUGCACUGAUGGCAGAGGUACGAAGUAUUUUAGUUGCAUUUUCUGUGAUGUAUAUUUCAUUUUAGUGGUUAGCUGUGUAAACAUUUUGAGCAAAAUGUUGUUCAUAUUGUAAGUAUUACAGGAAGAUAAAUAUUAUAUAUUUUUGGACUUUGUACGGUAUUGUAAAGUGAUUUUUCCAUUUUCAUUGAGACAUGCGUAUUUGGAUGUGGAUUUACUUGUCAGUAUAACCAAUUCUCUUGUUUACAUACAAAAUCUGAUCAGUUGGUUUGGAAGUAGUGAAACAAAAAUUUAUGUUACAGAAUUUAGUAUUAUCCAAUUGAAGUGUCGAAUGUUAUAGAUACAAAAUAAAACUGAAUGGUCAAGUUGCCACACUUCAUUUACAGUUUCAAUUGCAAUGUGGCUGUUGGCCUGUUGUUAUUUUGUUGGAGUUUUACUGUCAGUAACUGAGUGUUGGCUGUUACUUGUGAGUUGUAAAACACCUCAUCUGACUGCGUUCAAGGUUAACAUACGUCUGGACGCCUUCUACAAUUGUCCAUUGUGAUCAGUAUUUCAAGUGCUUUUGAAUAAUUGAACACAGCGUCAUACAAAACUGCUCCAGUAAGACCAGUACAUAAUCCAACCCGCUGUUACAAGUAAUAAAGUAGGUUACAUACUGCUGUUUAUAAUAUAAAGAGAACAAGUGACCAUGAAACUGUCAUGUGUUCGUUUUUGUAAAUUACUGUAGUUUCUAAAAAUUCAGUGAAGCAUCUUUAGAUGUGAAGCAUUUUUAGAUGCUUAAACCAAAAUCUAUAAAAUAUCAUUGAGAAUUGUAAUAUGUUUAGUAUUUCCACUGCUCUGUGUUAGCAAACAUUGUAAAAUGUAAAAAAUGUGCUUCUGUCCUUGAAUUUAUGCUUCUUAAAUUGUAGUUACUUGGUAUUGUUCAUUGUGCGUUAACAAUUUUUGCUAUUCUAUUUGUAUAUGAUGUCAGGUGUAUAUAUUUUUUUAAUUUGCACUUGUUUUUCUCUUUGAAUGUUAGGGAUUGUUCAUAAAGAUAUUUUUGCCACCUUAUUAUUUAACUGUUUUUGCUUGUUCACAUUUGUAUUGAGUGCCUGUGGGAACCCAUGCUUUCCUCCUCAAAUGUAAGUGCAGUCAUUUCAUAUUUGAUUUCAAAGCUUAUAUACUUCUUAACACGUAUAUUGGUGGACAUUGUAAAAAAGGCUUCUCAGUAUUUAUUUUGUUUUAUAGCUCAAAUUCUUUGUUGAGUAUAUAAGGGUUGAAUUCUUUCUUUUGUCUGCCUAGAGAAACAUAAUGUUUUAUCUGUGAAACGUUCUAAACAUUUUGUUUUUUAACAUCACUUUUUGGUUAGCCUUGAAUCCCUGUAAAUGUAACUUUUACCUUUAUGGAUUUGUUCCUCCGGAAACCAGAUGUGAAAUGUGUGCAGCUACGUUUGAGCGUUGUUUAAAAAAAUAAUUGUGUGUCUCAUGUAAUGUUAAUUGAUGCUUGUUGUAGUUUGACUUGUGAGACUGAGAGUGAAUGUGACGAGACUAAUCAGAAUAAUUGUUUGGAUUGGCUAACCCUUGGAGUAGUUUCAAAUGCAUAUUGGUGCAUGUUUAGACAGUUUUAAGGGCAUUUUUGCAGUUGUGGUUGUACCAUUCUUAAUACAUGAUGAUAAACAAGAUAUAUAACUUUAUAAUGAGCAUGUAUUCCAUCCUGUAUGAUAUAUUCGAAAAGGUUUUACAAACAUUCAUCCGCAUUAAUUUAAAAAAGACUGCACACACAAAAAACCCACACACUUGAACAGGUGUUUCCAUGAUUUUGCGGCCAUUUAUGUCCAAUUUUAUUUAGUAAUUCGACUGAAAUUAAAGAAGACUUCAUUUUUAACCAGGUUUUUAACCAGGUUUUCCGAAGGAAAAAACUGGUUAUUAGAUUGGCGAAUGCGGGCUGGCUGGCUGGCUGGCGGGCUGGCGGAAUAAGCUUGUCCGGGCCAUAACUAUGUCGUUCAUUGUCAGAUUUUAAAAUCAUUUGGCACAUUUGUUCACCAUCAUUGGACGGUGUGUCGCGCGAAAUAAUUACGUCGAUAUCUCCAAGGUCAAGGUCACACUUUGAGUUCAAAGGUCAAAAAUGGCCAUAAAUGAGCUUGUCCGAGCCAUAACUAUGUCGUUCAUCGUCAGAUUUUAAAAUCAUUUGGCACAUUUGUUCACCAUCAUUGGACGGUGUGUCGCGCGAAAUAAUUACGUCGAUAUCUCCAAGGUCAAGGUCACACUUUGAGUUCAAAGGUCAAAAAUGGCCAUAAAUGAGCUUGUCCUGGCCAUAACUAUGUCAUUCAUUGUGAGAUUUUAAAAUCAUUUGGCACAUUUGUUCACCAUCAUGGGACGGUGUGUCCCACGAAAGAAUCACGUCAAUAUCUCCAAUGUCAAGGUCGCCACGACUAAAAAUAGAUUUAAAAAAAAAAAAAACUUACAAAGGGGGUUAAUUUUUUUUGGUCAUUUCAAAAGUUCAGUUUGAGUUUUCUCCCUUUAUCAGAUUUUUUUUUCACAAUGAAAACCUGGUUUUGUGACAAUUUUGUCCCUUGUUGGUUUUGUGUUACAUUUUGUAUUUAAAGGGUAAAGCAAAUGGUGAUAUAAUUUUAAUGUUUGGUUAGUACUGAAACAAAUUAUUUAUUAUUAUCUUAUUUAGCUUGCGAAUCUAGCUUUGAUUGAAUCAAUGUGGCUGUAUUUUCUACAAAGAUAAGAAUCUGCACAUAAGAACGUAACAUUUCUUUAUGCAUACUGGUAACAAACUAUGAACUUCAAAAAAGAGAAAACACUACAUUACUGUAUGCACUUGACUUAAUUAUUAUAGUCUCAGAAUACAUUACUAGUAUAUUAAAUUAAAAUCCAUUUAAAAGUAAGUUAAUAAUAUAAAAAAUGCUUAGUAAAAAGAUGCAGUGAAUUCGGGCCCAGUGUAACAUGGCCCUCGUACAAAGGGGCAUAAUAAUGAAGCAAUGAUGUUUGAGAUCACAAUAGUUGUAUCUUGCAUCUACAUGUCUAGCAGGUACAUCAGUGUGCAAUUUCUUCUGUGAUUUGCAUGAUUUACACUUUCCCUUUCAGAAGCAAAGUGAAAAUGUUCAAACAGCAGAAAACCAGAACAGCCUGCGAGUAAUUUGCAGUCUGUUCCGGUUUUACGCUGUUUGCUGCUCAUCAGUAUCUAAGGGUUGAAAAUGAAGCCUUUAAAACUUAAUUCUAGUAAAAAAGGUCUGUCAUUAAAUUAAACUUUCUAAGGGACAACAAAUGCGUCAAAAUACGUGUCUAAGUGGUUAUAUUUUUAAACAGCUGGUUAAUAAGAUGACUUACUGAUACCGGAACAAAUACAUGGCGAACCUGAAAUUAAAAAAAAACACUCAACAGAAUUCAGCUGAUUGUAGAUAUUUUGCUUAAAAUCGAGAUAUUUAGCGUUGUUUAUGUUUUGUGUCCUUGUAUACUAGAAGAUAUGUUAGGGUGUGUUGAUAUCUUACAACCUCUUUGGAAUCGGAGCUAACAUGUAUCGUGCUUAAUUGGAGAGAAAUCUUUCUGUCGUUUUUGUUAAAUGUGUAAAUGCGACUUGGAAGCAUAAGUGACCUGUUUUUGUUGAUUAAAACUCGUGGUAAUUUUGGAUAAGGGUGUAUAUAAUGUAAGAGAUAUGUUAAUGUUUAUUUUUAUCUAUGCCAUUUUUGUCACAUUUUCUCCUUAUUCUAUUCCUUUAAUGCCAUUUAACAUUAUUACUUUGAGUUUAAGGGAUAUUUAAUUGUUGCUUCAAAAUCAUGAUGAACUGUAAGUUGACUGUCCUAACAGUAAAAUAAAACACGUCAUCAUGUAAUUAAAAGUCCAAACUGGAAAAAGAAUGCAAAUAUAUAAAUAAUUUAUCUUAUUGCUUAACAGGUUUGUGUUUCAUAUACUUGAACAAGGUAUUGCGGAAAGUAAGAAGAGCAAAUUAAUUUUAUUGUUACAAAACUAUCUUUAUUACAGAAUACUCAAAUUUUACCAAAACCGUAUGAGCUUCAGGAAUUUAUUAAACUUUCUUCACUUAUGUUGUGUCUCUUUAAAUACUUCAAAGAAGAUUUUCAUGUCUGAUAAGUUUCUUAAUAGCUAUGUGACUAAGUAACUUGAGUCUAAAUGGAUUUGAAAUUUAGGAAUUUGGUCUAACGCACGUUUGUUCAUAAGAACAUGUACUUUCUACACGAGUACUGUUUUUAAAGACUGGCUGGAUCAGGGAAACACCAAAGUGGGCGGUUGGCGGGCAGCAGAAAAUAUUUGUCUGGAUUAUAAUAACUGUCCAGCAGGAUGGAUUUAAACUAACUUGUCAGUGAUCAGCACAAUAAGACGGAGUGUCUCAUGCAAGAAUCAGUCCCUGGGUCCAAGGUCAAUGUAACAAUUCAAGGUCCAAGUUCAAAUUAAGGAAUUUCCACUUGACGAUUUGUCCAGGGAAAAACUUUGUUCAGUGAUCAGCAGUAUGAGAUGUAGUGUCAGGUGCAACAAACGGGUCCCAAUUUCAAAAUUCAGGUUCCAAGGUCAAAUUUAGGAAAAAGUACUUGACACUUACUUUGUUCAUAGCGGAUGGAUUUUCAAGUUAAUUGGAGUGUAACACCUAAGAACCAGGUCACUGGGUAAAGUCAAUGUAAAAACUCAAAGGUCAAAGGUCUUAACAUAGGUCAUAACACAAGUCCCUAAGUCAAAAGUUAAGGUCAAAAGUACAUUCAAAUGAAAAAGAAGAAAAAUCAAUUGAUAUUUUUUCCAAUCAGGAUCUCUUCUUGAAAAUGUUCUACUGAGAGACGCAUCUUUGUGUCAACAGCACUCAUGUUAGACUGUUGUUUUUUAUAUAUUCUAAAAUGUUUUACAUUUUCAGUUUAUAUUGAAAACAAUAACACCAACUUGUAUUGAAAAAAUUAUUCUUAAACAAUUGACAAGUAUUAAAUAAUUUAAAUUACCUGAAAAUGUAUAUUAAGGUUUUAUGCUUAUUCCUAAUCAAGAAGUUAUUUUUAUAAUUGUACAGUAAAGGGAGAGGAAGUUUUCUAAGUGUUGGUAACUAUGUGGAUAACUUAAUUGUAAAAUAUGUGAGCACUAUACGAAGUUAACAGUUGUUUUACUCUGUCACCAAAUGAUGUUAAAAGUUGUAUAUAUUGCUUGGAUCCAAACAGAUCAGAAUUAUAUGUUGGGUUUAAAUAAGUAAGGGUUUUCUUUCUUGCUUUCUUGUCUUGUUUUCUUUACUGAACUGCACAUGUAGCUCCAGGUGUUAUAAAGUGCCCCGCCCCCUUAGUAUUGCGCAAUCACAAGCUACAUCAGGCCGGUGUGUUUGUUAAAUGAGGGGGCAGGGUAUUUUAUUGACAUCUUACAGCUGCAUGGUCAUUUUUAUGUAGUCAGUUUUCUUUGGAUGAAAUAUUUCUUAGCAUAAAAUGUGUUGCAUUUGGUGUUUUGAGUUUUUCUUAAUUAUUCUUUACUGCUCUGGAGAUAUUUAUGAUAAUAAUGUCUAAUAAUUACAAUAAAUUCACAUCUUCAUUGAGA